AGUAUGGACCGAACUAUUUUUGUUGUUGUUUUUAGGUGUUAGGAUUCGCGUAAAAUGUCGAUUUCAUCGCCAACAAAAAACGCUGUGCAGGAACGUUGUAACGAGUUUCCCGAUGAUUUUUUGCCGAAGGAAAACUCAGUGUAUUGUAAAUGGUGCAAAAAGUAUUUGUACUGCUUGAGAAAGGACUCAUUAACAGCGCAUCUAAGUUCUAAUCUACAUCAGAAAAGAUAUCUUGAACAAGUUAAACAGACGUCGUCUGUAGCAGAAAAUCCUGCAGUUUCCAAGACAACCUUAGGGAAGAGGAAGCGUCCAAAUUCUUUCGAGAAGGAUGGUGGAGACCCUGAGGAAGAUACUGAUGAGGGACUUGAUAAACUCUUCAGUAAUUCAGAUAGUGACGAUCAGGAGUCAUUUAAGGGUUUUGAUGAUCAAGAAUCUGAUGUAUUAGAUCAACCUGCUGCAGUUGACGAACAACCACAGAAAGAGGUACGCCAGCGGAAACGACCUGCCCACCUAAGCGAUUCAGUGUUUCCAAAAAAUAUGACAAAUGUCGUUAAAACUGAUUCAACUCCAACAUCUCCAGUGCAGAAAAAAAUGAGGAAAAAGAGUUUGCAAUCACCUGUUUCACCUUCGCCAAUUAAAAAAGGCAGGAAAAAUGCGAGACAGUCAUAUUCACAAUCGCCUACUUAUCCAGAAGUCAAAGCUCCUUUAAAAAUCAAGAUACGGCGGAAGACGGAUACUAAAUCAAAGUCAUUUGAAGUUGAAACUAGUGAUGAAGAACAAGAAAAAGAGGAGGUUCAACCUGAACCUGAACCAGUACCAGAAGCAGCAAGAGGAAGUUUGAAAAUGAAGUUCUUUUUUAAGAAGCCGGAUAAAGAAACACCAAAGUCCUCAACUAAAGCAAAGAAAAAGAAACACAAGCAUAAAAGGGUUUCCGUUACUGAUAUUAAGAAAAGGAGAUCCUCCGAAAAUACCGAGACCUUCAACCAGAGUGGAAACUUGGAUCCUGAGUUUGAGGAGGAUGUGUUAACCGACAACCAAAUCCCUGCUGCAGAGGAAGAGAUAGUUGCGUCAGAAGAAGAAUCUGUUUUGGAGCAAAAGGAAGAGCCUGUUAUGGAGGCAGGGAAGAGUAAAGAAUUGCGAGUUACAUCCGAGGAAAUCCCUGUAGCUGUGGAAGAAGUUGCCAUCGCUAGUGGAGAGGAGACAGUGGUGGAUGGUGAGGAUGUUGUGUCCUGGGAUGCAGCAGAGGAAGUUGUGGAGGAAGAGGUUGGGGGAGAUGAUGUUGCUCCAUCACCACUUCCGAUGUCGGAGCCAGAACCAGAGCUUACCACAGAGCAGAGUUUAGCAAUGAAAGCAAACCAUGUUCGUGCAAUGGCCAAGUCAGUCAAAGCAUCACACUUUAAAAAGAAAGGAACCAAAAAAGCUGAUUCGAAAUCAGAAGAUAAGAAGCGAAAAGCAUCUGGAUACAACUUAUGGUCGAGCAAGAUGAGAAAGCAAGUUGCUACUCAGUUUCCUGGGUUACAGUUUGGAGAUGUGAGCAAGAAACUUGGAGAUUUAUGGAAAAAGAUUCCAGAAAAGGAGAAACAGAUGUGGAAGUUCCGUAGCGUAAAGAUGGUAAACCAACUGGAAAGACUUCAUUCCAGCACCACCAAACGUAAACUUGGUAGCAAAAUGAUUGAAACUGGUCCCAAGAAAAAAGCAAAAGCAGCAAUGCAGCAGAAGUUGGCUCGUAUUAAUACAGAAAGCCAAGAGUUUCCUCCACACAAGAAUCCAGAGCAAACCAUGAAAAGGGAACUUGCUAAGAUUCCCCCACCUUCUGUUGAAGCUAUAGAUGCUGCAGCUCAUUUCCAUUUACUUGGAGAAGCACUGCUGGCUAUUGGUAAAACAGUACGAGCUUCUCGUAGCGUGGCAUCAACUACUGGGACGUUAUCUUUGUUACUUGACAGCAUGGUGUGUUCAUUUGUUCCACUGCUCACACUCACUAAUCAAGUACCUGAACUUAACGGCGCUUUACCAGAUGAACUAAUGUCGGAUACAUUCGCCAACAUCUCAUACUACAUGCCAGGAUUAUGAUUUAUUUCUUCACUGCCAAGUUGUGGAAAAGCACCAACAAAAUAUUUUCCUAUCUUGAGGCGUUUGUGCUUAUUUUCUGUUUAUCUUGUGCUCACAAAAAGUGUCAAAAAGAGAACCAUAUAUAUCUAUACAUGUGUGUAUGUAGGACUGUUAAAAAUGAGCAAAUUCGUAACUUUUUGACUGUACACAAUUACAGUACCCACUUUCUAAAA